UGCUUCUCCCUGCCAUGUGGGCCACACGUGUCAGGACCUAAACCAGCUGACGGCGAACCCAUCCGGCAACCUAUCCGUCUCGCCCAAACCCGUGUGCGCCGUCGCCGCCGUGCCGCCCACUCGCGCCGCCGCCGCCGCCGCAGCGAUCGAGAGACGGAGGGAGGGGUUUGGAGUGCGGAGGACAGAGGGAGGGGGAGGGGGAGGAGGGGAUACAACCAGUGAACCAGGGGGAUCUCCUCGACGUCGCGGCCGGCCAUGUCGUCGCUGGGGACGUCGAAGGGGGUGCUGGAGAUCGCCAAGUUCGGCGUGUACGUCUCCGUCCCCGUAGCGCUCACCUACCUCGUCGCCACCGACUCCAAGACCCUCAAGAAGCUCAUGGGCCUCCGUGAAUAUGUGGUCUAUCCUCCUGAAGGUCCACGUCCACCACCACCAGAAGAACUUCGUGAAAGGGCUCGGGAGAUAGCUAGAAAGAGGCAACAACAACAAUAAACACUUGGACCAUGAUCGCUUCAGACUAUGAAGCUACCAAGAGGAAGUUCAGAAAGUUAACUAUUGUUGUCAAUAUAUGACUGUAUGAUCAUCAGUAACAUGCUCUUGCAGCUGUAAGUUUCGAAAUAAACACAAUAGCUCUUGCUGCUGUAAAAUCUGUAAGAAAUACAGUGGUACCUUCAUCAAUAAUUGGACCUUUUCUGUUUCUGCCA